AUGGAAGAUAUUAAAGCGCAUAAUGAUGAUGAUAAUGAUGAUAUCAAUGACGUUAAUGAUGAUAUCAAUGACACUAAUGAUGAAACCAAUCAUUUAAAUACAGAUCACAAUUACAUUUCACAAACCCCAAGUUUCGUUCCUACUGUAAAUCCUACAUCAAACAAAUAUAUCAAAGACAACCUGGCGUGUUUUUACUGCUGUGCUAAAGUCAAGACGUAUGAGGAGCUUCAAGAACAUGCCAAGAGACAUAAAUCUCUGGAAAACCCUUACGAGUGCACAAUUUGUGGUGCCAAGAACAUCUCGUCAAGAAGGCGUCUAAGAAAUCAUUUGCACGCUCACAACCCCAAAACCAAAGGCAAAGAAAAAACAUGCAAUGUUUGUGACAUAGUGUUUAGCAGUGCUCUUAAUUUGAAAAUCCACAAGAAAAAAACCCAUCCAGGUCCUACUCCUUACAAGUGUAAAUUCUGCGCCAAACAAUAUCAUAAACGUUGGCAUUUAGAUGUUCACGUGAGAUCACAUACAGGGGAGAGGCCAUAUACAUGUGAAAUUUGCGGAAAAACCUUUAAAGAUAUGGGUACCUUAGGCAUGCAUGCCAAGUCACACAGCGCUCAAAGACCCUUUAAAUGUGAAAAAUGUGGAGCAUCAUUUAUAAGUGUUGGACCUUUAAACAAACACAAGAAAAGUUGUGUACAUGGUUUAAAAUAUGUCCCAAAUAAAGAGUGCCACAUUUGCAAUGUGGUGUUCGAUAAUGUUUCAGAUUUGAAAUCACACAAGAAGACACAGCAUGCAGACCCAGUGUCUUAUAAUUGUGAAUACUGCGGUAAAGCAUUUAAAAGGCAAUCUUAUCUGAAGGAUCAUCUGAGAACACAUACUGGUGAGAGAGCAUUUACAUGCGAAUUCUGUGGCAAAUCCUUUAUAAACAGAAAUACUUUCAGGAUGCAUGUGAAAGCGCAUGAUCCUCAAAGACCUUUUGUGUGUGGCACCUGUGGAGUGGCGUUUAUAAGUGUAGGCCAAUUAAACAGACAUGCUAAAAACCAUGAUGCAAACAUUCGUAAGAAAGUGAUGUGCAACAUAUGUGGGCGUUGGUUGAGAAGUAACAACCAUCUGAAAACUCACGAAAUGACUCACACAGGAGAGAAACCCCAUAAGUGUAGCCAUUGUAGUAGAGCGUUCACAGAUAAAAGUUGCUUAAAUCGACACAUAAAGAUCCAUACCGGAGAGAAACCUCAUAAAUGUGAUAUUUGUAAAAAAUCUUUUAUUCAAAAGAGUCAACUCAGAAAUCAUAAUCUUACCCACAACAAAAUU